AUGAACAAAUUGGAUGCAGUGCGCCAGUGCGAGAGCGGUCAGUUCCAGUGCUCCAACGGCCAGUGCAUCGAACAGAGCUGGAGGUGCGAUGGCACCAAGGACUGCCUCGACGACUCCGAUGAGCUCAACUGCCCGCCCCCUUCCUGCAGGGCAGGGGAGUUCCAGUGUGUCACCGGAGGCGAGUGCAUCUCCGGCCUGUUUGUGUGCGAUGGAGAGGAGGACUGCGCUGACGGCUCAGACGAACAGAGGACCUGCGGUGGUCGUACUUGUAACCCGGACCAGUUCACGUGCCAGGAGGGCCAGUGUAUCCCGAUGAAGUACAAGUGUGACCGAGUGCAGGACUGUAUCGACAAUUUAGAUGAGAAAAACUGUGAAUACCCCAGCUGCACUGAGAAGACCUGUGCCAAUGGAGCAUGCUAUGACAACUCCCAGCACUGCAACGGGAUCCUGGACUGCAGAGAUGGGUCGGAUGAGAGCAACUGCACACAGCAUUGCCCCCUACACCAGUUCCAGUGCAUUAAUGGUUAUUGCAUCACUCUGUCCUUUGUCUGUGACCACUGGGAUGACUGUGGAGAUAACAGUGAUGAGGAAGGCUGUGAAUAUCAGAGCUGCAGUGGAAAUCAGUUCACCUGCACCAGCGGCCGGUGCAUCAGUCAGGAAUGGGUCUGUGAUGGCUUCAACGACUGUGGGGAUUACAGCGAUGAGAACGGAUGUGAUAGCAACUCGCGAGACUGUUACCCAGGAGAGUGGGCAUGCCCAGGUGCCCCUCUCUGUGUGCCUAUCAACAAGGUGUGUGAUGGUAAUUCUGACUGUCCCAGGGGUGCUGACGAGACCAAUGAAACUGCCCAGCUGACCUGCGGGGUGGAGCAGUGCUCUGCACUGAGCUGUGAGUACCGUUGUCACCCCACCCCAAGGGGCGGAGCCUGUUACUGUCCUGACGGCUUCAUCGUUGCUAAUGACAGUCGCACCUGUGUGGACUAUGAUGAUUGCAAUAUCUGGGGUGUCUGCGACCAUUUCUGUGAGGAUCGCCCUGGGACACAUCACUGCAGCUGUGCAAAUGGCUUCUUCCUGGAACAAGGGCACAUUUGUCGGGCCAACGUGUCAGAUGGCCUACCCCAGCUGAUCUUCUCCAAUGGCCGGGAUGUGAUGAUGGCGGAUGUGCACGGGCGGUUUGUUAGAACCCUGGUCCAAUCAGUGAACAAAAGUCGGGUCAUGGGCGUGGCCUUCCACUGGCACAGCCAACGGGCCUUCUGGACCGACACUGUCAAUAGAAAGGUCUACUCAGUCAAUUAUGAUGGAGGGGACCUGAAGGUGGUGCUGUCAGUGGCGGUGAACAGUCCUGAAAACAUUGCAGUGGACUGGAUCAAUUUCAAGCUGUACGUGGUUGAGAGUUCAGUGGAUCGAAUUGACUUGUGUGACUUCAGCGGGGAGGACCGAGUCACCCUGAUUGGAGAGAACCUCCUGAACCCCCAUGGACUGGCACUGGAUUCCACAGUUGGGUACAUGUUCUUCACUGACAAGGGCUACAACAAUGAAGACGUCAAGCUGGAGAGGGCCUUCAUGGAUGGUAGCAACCGGGUGGACUUGGUCAAGACCAGGCUUGGAGCUCCAACUGGCAUCACCCUAGACAUCAUCACCCAGAGAGUGUACUGGGCUGACAGCCACUUUGAUGUGGUGGAGACAGUCACCUACAAUGGCCUUGAGAGGAAAACAGUAAUGCAGGGUGGUACUCAGGUUCCACACCCGUACGGCCUUUCUGUUUUUGAGAAUCACAUCUUCUUCACGGACUGGACUAAGAUGGGUGUCGUGCAGGCCAACAGGUUCAAUGGGAGCAACUCCAAAUUCUUGUACCUCACCAUAAGCCAGCCUGGUCACAUUGUGGUCUCACAUGGUGCCCUCCAACCCAUUGUGAAGAACCCCUGUGGUCGACACAAUGGGGGCUGCCAUCACAUCUGUGUGUUGAGCCAUCGCACUGACAACGAUGGGCUGGGCUUCCGCUGCAAGUGCCGCCUAGGCUACGAUCUGCAGUCUGACCGCCACACCUGCUUGAAGCUGACAGACUUCCUGUUGGUGGCAACACAGACAGCGGUGCGGGGAAUCCCAUUGAACCAGUCCUUGCAGGAAGAUGUGAUCCUCCCCCUUAGUGGUCUGAUACAGACCUUCUCCUCCUCUGCUGUGGAGUACGACGGGAACGAAGAAACCAUUUUCUUCAACGACAGGAGCAAGUCACUCAUUUACAAGGCAGCCGUCAAUGGCACAAACCAGAAGAUCCUGAGUGGCGACAGAAUUGGACUGGUGGAAGCCAUGGCUUAUGACUGGACCUCCAAGGUUCUGUUCUGGACAUCCUCCACCUUUCGGUCGCUUGUUGCCUUCAAGGUUCCGGACAAGUCUCGACGGGACAUCGUGACAGGCCUGAAAAGCCCACGAGGCAUUGCAGUGCAUCCCAGUGCUGGAUACCUUUUCUGGUCGGACUGGUACCGCCCUGCUGUGAUCAUGAGAGCCUUCUCGGAUGGCACCAACGCAAUUCCCCUUAUCAAUACCACUCUGGGCUGGCCCAAUGGGCUUGCCAUAGACUACAUGUUGGACAGGGUCUACUGGGUGGAUGCCCUUCUGGAUAAAAUUGAACACGUUGACCUGAGUGGCCUGGAUAGGCGGACCUUCCCCAACAUCGGUCAGAUCACUCAUCCCUUCUCUCUCACCGUCCACGCAGAUCACCUUUUUGUGUCAGACUGGAGGACGAACGGGGUGUUCAGCCUACGGAAAAGGGAUGGGGGAGGUAUCACCCCCAUCCGGAAGGGCAUUUAUGGCAUUAUGAACAUAAAGGCCUACACCGCGUCGAUUCACAGCACUUUUCACAGCAAAUGCAACUUCCCAGUCACCAAUGGCCGCUGCAGUCACUUCUGUUUCCCAACACCCUCGUCCAAUCAUGUGUGCGGCUGUCCCUAUGGCAUGAAGCUGCAGGAGAAUCACCGUGACUGUGUGAAGGAUGACUCGGUGCCACCACCGGACACCAGCUGUGGGGACUACUCUUUCCCCUGCGAUGAAGGACGCUGUGUCCCCAACUCCUACCGCUGUGAUGGCAAACAAGACUGCGUAGACAACAAAGAUGAAAAAAACUGCACCGAUACAGGGAUGACCUGCUCCCCUUACGCAUUCUCCUGCGGAAACAAACACUGCAUCCCGUCCUCAUGGCGCUGCGAUGGCCAGGAUGACUGCGGAGAUGGGACAGACGAGGACCACUGUCCCACCCGGCCUCCGACCACCUGCGGCUCGUCACACUUCUCCUGCGCCAACGGCAACUGUGUCCCCAGCGCCUGGGUGUGUGAUGCGGACAACGACUGUGGAGACGGGUCCGAUGAGAGGAACUGCGGUUCGUCCAUCACCACUUGCGUCCCAGGGUACUUCCUGUGUCCAGAUCACCGCUGCAUUGACAACUCCUAUGUCUGUGAUGGAGACCAGGACUGCUUUGACGGAUCGGAUGAGAAGGACUGUGAGUUUUCCUGUGGCUAUUAUGAGUUUGCCUGCGCAAGUGGAGACCAGUGUGUUAGCCAGACGUACCGGUGUGAUGGUGUCUUCGACUGCAGAGACCACUCAGAUGAGAGAGGAUGCCCCACACGUGGUCCAGGUCUGUGCCAUGACGAUGAGUUCCAGUGCCAGGUGGAUGGAGUCUGCCUGCCGGGCACGUGGGAGUGCGACGGGCACCCAGACUGCCAGGAUGGUUCAGACGAGCACAACGGCUGCCCGCCCAUCACCUGUCGCCCUAACUACUUCCAGUGCGAUAAUAAAAAGUGCAUAUACCAGUCCUGGGUGUGCGACGGAGAAAACGACUGCCAGGAUAUGAGCGAUGAGAGAGGGUGUCCCACACCCCCCUUUAGCUGCCCCGCUGGCCAGUGGCUCUGCCCCACUGACCAGGUGUGCAUCGCCCUAGGUCAACUGUGCAAUGGCGAACAGGAUUGCCCCGACGGGGCGGAUGAGUCCCCACUCUGCAACGAGGAUGACUGUGCCGUGAACAACGGGGGCUGCAGCGGGGGCUGUGUUCAGGGGCCAUUUGGGGCCCAGUGCACCUGCCAGCCAGGCUUUCAGCUCCUCAAUGACUCCAAAACCUGCGACGACAUCAAUGAGUGCCUGAUUCCUGGCACAUGCAGCCAGACGUGCUUCAACGAGCGUGGCUCUUUCCGCUGCUACUGCGAGGAUGGCUACCAGCUCGAGCCCAAUGGUCGUGUCUGCAAGGCCUCUGACCCCAAGGAUCCCAUACUGCUGAUCACCAAGCGCAGUCAGAUCAUAUCCAACAACAUCAGGCAGAGGCCCACCAUUAUCAAGCCUGUGGUCAGUGGCUCCAACAUCGUCACUGUGGACUUUGACAGGGUGACCAAUCGCAUCUACUGGGCUGACGCAUCCCAAAAAAAGAUUUGGAGUGCCUUGCAGAAUGGCACAGACAGAAAAGAGGUGUUCUCCACUGGAAUGACAGUGCCAGAGAGCCUGGCUGUGGACUGGGUGGGCCGGAACCUCUACUGGACAGACUCUGUGAUGGAGAACAUUGAGGUGGCCACUCUGGAUGGCCGCUUCCGGAAGAUACUCUUGUCCAAGAACAUCACUAGCCCUCGUGGACUUGCCCUGGACCCACGCAACUUCACCAAUUUGAUGUUCUGGACGGACUGGGGCCAGAAUCCAAGAAUUGAGAAGGCCAGCAUGGAUGGCUCAUUACGGCGAGCCAUAGUGACAAAAAAGGUGUACUGGCCCAACGGGCUGACCAUUGACUAUCCCACCCGCCGGCUCUACUUUGCAGAUGCCUAUUUAGACUACAUCGACUAUUGCGACUAUAACGGCAACAAUCGAUUCCAGGUCUUUGCCAGUGAUCUGUUGCUACAGCACCCUCAUGGCAUGACCAUCUUUGAGGACUAUGUGUACUGGACAGAGCGGUACUCCAGUAGAGUCAUCCGGGCUAACAAAUGGCAUGGAGGCAACGUGACCACCCUGAUGAUUAAUAUCUACCAGCCCAUGGGCAUUGUGUUGAAUCAUCCCGUCAAACAGCCUCCUGCGGUCAGCCCCUGCCUGAGCAGCCCAUGCAGUCAACUGUGCCUGCUGUCGUCAAGGAGGCCUAUGUAUUUCUCCUGUGCCUGUCAAUCUGGCUGGCAUCUGACAUCCGACAGCCGCACGUGCACAAAAGACGACAGCCCCUUCUUGAUGGUUGUCAGGGGGACGACAAUUUUGGGCAUCCCGCUUGACCCCAAUGACACGUCCACCAAUGCUAUGACCCCGGUGUCGGGAAUCAGCCAGGGCCGUGACAUUGACUUUGAUGACAAGGAACAGUUUAUUUACUGGGUCCAGGGCUCGGGGUCUAUUUUCAGAGUGAAGACUGAUGGAAGCAAUCGAACUCAGUUUGCUCCAACAGCUAUCCUUGGCUCUCCCUCUGGGUUGGCCUUUGAUUGGAUAACGCGAGUGAUGUAUUACACAAAUCCCAUCAAUCAGGCCAUUGAGGUCAUCCGAGUGGAUGGGAGUCAGCAUUACAGGAAGACCCUCAUCACAAACAAUGGGAAGCCAGAAGGGGUGGGGCAGCCCAUUGGAAUAGCUCUUGAUCCAGCCAGAGGGAAGUUAUUUUGGACAGACAGGGGAACAGAUGCUGGGGUCCCGCCCAAGGUGGCAAGUGCAGACAUGGAUGGGAGUAAUUUGAAGGUCCUGUACACUGGCCAUCUGGGCCACAUAGAGUACAUCACAGCUGACAUUGCUAUGAGCAAGCUGUACUGGAGUGUCACCAGCUCUGGACUGAUUGAGUGUGGGACCAUGGAUGGGGUGAGCCGUCUGACCAUUGUGAGUGGCCUGUCACACCCCUGGGGCAUCACCGUUCACCAGAACUACCUCUACUACACUGACCUGGACUACGAGGUCAUCGAAAGGGUGGACAAAGCAGACGGGGCCAACAUGGUGGUGAUGAGGAGUGGCAUGACUGGGCUUGGGGCCCUCAAGGUCCAUGCAAGAGACAACUCUGCAGGGACCACCAAUGCCUGCAGCACCAACAAUGGGGGCUGCCCUCACCUAUGCCUGCCCAAGUCUGGUGGACAGAAAGCGUGUGCCUGCACCACAGGCUUUGUGCCAUCCAGCGACGGGUCCCGCUGCGAUCAGUAUGACUCCUUCGCCAUGGUGUCCACCUCUAAGCUCAUUCGCGGGUUCCACAUCAACAGCUCUGAUCACUCUGAUGCCAUGGUGCCAGUGAGCGGCUCUUCUUCAGCGAAGAUUGACAAGCUGGAUCUGCACAUUCCUUCUGGCUUCCUGUAUUGGAGUGAUAACAGCUCCUACACCUACUACAGAGGAAUCUCCAGGGCAAAGACCGAUGGCUCACGCUAUUCACACAUUGUCACCUCUGGCAUUGGGACAGGAGGGAUUCAAGGCAUUGCGGUAGACUGGAUUGCAGGAAAUCUGUACUUCACAAAUGCCUUCACAACCCAGACAUACUUGGAGGUCCUGCGCCUUAACACCAGUCUGAGGCUGGUCCUGCUGAAGACCAGCACAGACCGGCCCCGGGACCUGGCAGUGAGCCCCAAACUGCGAUACCUGUUCUGGACCGACGGCGGGCAGACACCCAAGAUCGAACGUGCCCAGCUGGACGGCCGCAACCGUACGGUGCUAGCCUCUGAGAGCCUGGCCUCACCACGUGGGCUAACGGUGGACUACACCAACGACUUCCUGUACUGGACUGAUGACACCCUGGACAUGAUCUCUUGCAUGGCAGCGGAUGGUAGCCAGAGACAGAUUGUGCGCUAUGGCAGCCGAUACCCUGCACCCUACGGGGUCUCUAUUUUCGGGAACUAUAUGGUCUGGGUGGACCGUAAACUGGAGAAAAUCUUCCAGGCUAGCAAGCUUCCAGGAAACACGGACACAGCGGAGGUAAUCCGGGACAAUUUGGCGGGACUGGCCGAUAUUGCGGUUUUUGACUCCCACGUCCAGCCGGUGGGCGCCCAGCAGGUGGGCUUCAACCCCUGUAUGGAGGACAAUGGGCGCUGCUCUCAGCUGUGCUUUGCCCUGCCGGAGAAUCAAGUGCCCAAGUGCAGCUGUGCCCAUGGCUCAAUUCUCAGCAACGGAGUGUCCUGCGGGUUCGGCGUAGACGAGUACCUGAUUUUCACCACCGACUACACCCUCAACAGCGCCCGCCUGGACCCUGAAGACCACAGUGUGCCCUUCCCGGAAGUCUCGCUCGGCUACACCUUGAAUGCCCUGGACUUUGACUUUCGGGACAAGAGGGUCUACUUCGCCCGCUCUUCUGGCGUGGGCAGGAGCAGUAUCGGCUACAUCAGCACCACCUCUGCCUCCAGCCCACCUGUCUUCAUUGCCUCCAAUCUGGCUGACCCAGAAGGGCUGGCCUAUGACUGGAUCCACAAGCGCAUAUACUACACCGACUACUACAACAGGAGUGUCCAGUCUAUGGGGCAUGAUGGGCAGAACCGGUCCUUCAUUGCCCAUGCAAACCGCCCUCGGGCUAUCGUCGUAGACCCCUGUUAUGGAUACAUGUACUGGACAGACUGGGGCAGCCCUGCCAAGAUUGAGCGGGCCACAUUGGGAGGAAACUUCCGCACUGCGGUCAUCGAGCACAGCCUGGUGCAGCCCAACGGCCUCUCUCUGGACUAUGAAGAUCGACUGCUCUAUUGGGCUGAUGCUUACCUGGACAAGAUCGAGCGCUCCUCACUGACAGGUGAGAACCGGCAGGAGAUGGUCAGCGGGACGCAGAACCCGUAUGCCUUGACCGUGUACCAGCAGCACGUGUUCUGGACCGACUGGAACACACGCAGCAUUUACCGAGCCAACAAGGACGAUGGUUCGGACGUGACCGUGCUGGCGCAGGAGCUGCGGUACAAGCCCAACGACAUCCACGUGCUCACGGCUGCCAAGCAGGAGCUCUGCUCCAGCCCCUGCCAGCAGUUUAACGGGGGCUGCAGCCACACGUGUGUGCCCGGUCCCUCCGGCCCUGAGUGCCAGUGCCCUGUGGGUAAAUGGUACCUGGCCAACAAUGGCAAAGACUGCAUCCCGGACACUGGACCGCGCUGCCAGGUGGGGGAGUUCACCUGCCUCAACGGAGACUGCAUCUCUCAGAGGUGGAAGUGCGACGGCUUCAAAGACUGCGACGACAACUCGGACGAGCUCGAGAGGGUGUGCGCUUUUCAUACCUGCUCACCCAUGGACUUCACCUGUGACAAUGGCCGCUGCGUGCCCAUGUCCUACCUGUGUGACUACACCAAUGACUGCGGGGACAACAGCGAUGAGCAGGGCUGCCCCUUCCCCACCUGCAACCCCAGCACCGAGUUCACCUGCAACAACGGCCGCUGCAUCAGCGCGGACUUUGUGUGCGACGGACGGAACGACUGCCGAGACAACGGGACCUCUGAUGAGAUCAAUUGCCCGGACCGAACCUGUGCCUCAGGCUUAAUCAAGUGUGACACCACCAACAUAUGCGUUUCGCGCAUGAACCUCUGUGAUGGCCACAACGACUGUGGAGACAACAGCGAUGAAAACCCGCUGUUCUGCGCCGGGAGGACGUGUGCGGCAGAUGAGUUCCAGUGCGAUGUGGGGAGGUGCAUCUCAAACUCCUGGGUGUGCGACUAUAUGAACGACUGCAUGGAUGGCUCCGACGAACCGCCAUCAUGCCGUGAUCAGGUUCAUACUUGCCACCCUGAUCAGUUCACCUGCAUCAAUGGCAACUGUAUUCCGGUCACACUGACAUGUGACGGAAACAAUGAUUGUGGGGACAACAGCGACGAGGUGGCAGAAUUGGAGUGUGGUCUGAGGACGUGUCGCCCGCAGGAGUUCACCUGCCCGCUGCCCUGGUACCCGGGCAGCCCGCGCUGCAUCCCGCGGAGCUACCUCUGCGACGGCGAGAAAGACUGCGCUGAUGCGGCAGACGAACUGCACAACUGCCCCAACCGCACCUGCCACAUGAACGAGUUCCCCUGCUCCAACGGCCUCUGCGUCCUCAUCGCCUACCACUGCGACCGGGUGAACGACUGCGGGGACGGCAGUGACGAGGUGGGCUGCACGUACGACACCUGCGCCAGCUACCAGUUCACCUGCCAGAACGGUGCCUGCAUCCACAGCUCCUUCGUGUGUGACGGCGACUUUGACUGCCUGGACCACUCGGACGAGCUGGACAGCCUGUGCCGCAGCCCUGCGCCCACUUGUGCCCCCGGGGAGUAUCUGUGCAAGUCAGGCCAGUGCAUCGACAUCCACAAGGUGUGCAACCACCAGAAGGACUGCCCUGACAACAGCGACGAGAAGGCCUGUGGCAUCAACGAAUGCCUGAACCCGGCAGUGCACCAGUGCGCCCACACCUGCACGGACACGCUAACGGGCUACUUCUGCUCCUGCCGGGCGGGCUACCGGCUCAUGUCCGACGGCAAGGCCUGCGAGGACGUGGACGAGUGCCGGGAAACCCCGGCCGUGUGCAGCCAGAUCUGCGAGAACUCGGUGGGCUCCUUCUUCUGCAAGUGCGCCCCGGGCUACGUGCGGGAGCCCGACGGCCGCACCUGCCGGCAGAACAGCGGCGUGGCGCCCUACCUGCUCUACAGCAACCGCUACUACAUCCGCAACCUGACGACCGAUGGCAGCUCGCUGUCGGUGGUGCUCCAGGGCCUGACCAACGUGGUGGCGCUGGACUUCGACCACUACGAGCAGCGCCUCUACUGGCACGACGUGGGCACCUCUCGGAUAGAGCGCAUGUUCUUCAACGGCACGGGCCGCCAGGUGGUGCUGGACCAUGACGUCGGAGGAUUGGAGGGGAUGGCCAUCGAUUGGGUGGGACGAAAGAUUUACUGGGUUGACACCUACCACGAUGCUCUACAUGUAUCAGAACUGGAUGGACGUUUCCGCAAGAAGCUCUUGAAAGGCUGCAUCUCGCCAAAUAAUACCUAUUGCUUUGUAAAUCCACGGGCAGUCGUUGUCAACCCCAAAUUUGGGUGGCUAUACUGGACAGACUGGGGAGACAAGGCGUACAUUGGCAGGGUGGGAAUGGAUGGAACUAAUGCCGCCGCCAUCAUCACCACCAAGCUGGAGUGGCCCAACGCUCUGACCAUCGACUACACCACCAACAAGAUCUUCUUUGCUGAUUCUCAUCUCAACUACCUGGAUUAUGCUGAUAUGGAUGGGCAGAACCGUCACCGAGCCAUCAUGGGCUCCCUGCCCCACCCCUUUGCCGUGACACUGUUUGAGGAUUGGGUGUUCUGGACAGACUGGAACACCCACAAUGUGGAGCGGGCCCACAAGUUUACAGGCGAGGGCCGGGUCACCAUGGUCAACAACACCCACCGGCCUCAGGACAUCCACGUGUACCACCCCUACAGGCAGCCCCGCAGUGAGAACCCCUGUAAGACGAGCCCCAUAGUUUGCAGUCACCUGUGUCUGAUCUCAUCUGGUGGGGCCGGUUCUACCUGCGAGUGUCCAGACCACUUCAUUGGCCUUGCUGUGGGAUUCAAAAUACAGUGCGUGGCCGAUUGUUCCAGCACACAGUUUCGCUGUGGCGACAAUGAGAAGUGUAUCCCCAUUUGGUGGAAAUGCGACGGUCAGUCCGACUGCGGCGACGGUUCGGACGAACCCCUCACCUGUCCACCCCGAUACUGCCCAGUCGAGCACUUCCAGUGUCUGGACGGAAACUGCACCUUCCCCAGCUUCCUGUGUGACACCCAUCACGACUGCCCCGACGGUUCUGACGAGGACCCAGCACUAUGCAGUGACCACCGCUGCCAGGAGAACCAGUACCAGUGCACCAAUAAGCAGUGCAUCCCCAGCACCUGGCACUGCGACGGCUUCUCCGACUGCAGCGAUGGAAGCGACGAGGGCACAGAGAGCUGUGCGGAGAAGACCUGCCGGCCCGGACAGUUCCGCUGCAACAACGGCCGCUGCAUCUCGCCCGGCUACGUGUGCGACAUGCAGGACGACUGCGGGGACAACUCCGACGAGCCCUACAACGAAUGCAUGGGCCCCGACCAUACGUGUGACGAACACACCGAGUUCUCCUGUAAGACAAACUACCGCUGCAUCCCUCAGUGGGCUGUCUGCGACGGCGCCAACGACUGCCUGGACAACAGCGACGAGGCGGGCUGCGAGAACGUGACCUGCGACCCCCUCGGGGACUUCCGCUGCGAUAAUGACCGCUGCGUGCCCGCGCGCUGGCGCUGCGACGGCAACAAUGACUGCGGAGACGGCUCGGACGAGAGGGACUGCGAGCCAAGGCCCUGCUCUGAGAGUGAAUAUCGCUGUGACAACCAGCAGUGCAUUCCUGGUGCCUGGGUGUGUGACCAUAACAACGACUGCGGGGACAAUUCCGACGAACGGGAUUGUGAGCUGUACACGUGUCGCCCAGGGUCCUUCCAGUGCACUUCUGGACACUGUAUCCCUGCCUCUCUGAAGUGUGACGGGCGUGGUGACUGUCUGGACCUCUCUGAUGAGAGCUCAUGUCCCACCCGUUAUCCCGGAGGAAGAUGGUGCCCACCCAACCAGUUUGAGUGCAAGAACCGGCUGUGUGUGUCUCGGAGCUCGGUGUGCGAUGGCUUCAACGACUGCGGCGACCGCUCAGAUGAGGACCUCAGCCUCUGCUGGAACAUCACCUGUGAGAUGCCCCACCGAUUCCGCUGUGCCAACGGCUACUGCAUCUACUCCGGCCUGCUGUGCAACCAGAAGGACGACUGCGGGGAUGGAAGCGAUGAGACAGAGGACGUUUGCCGAGAGCCCACCCUGGCCCCCUGUACACCCGAGCAGUUCAAAUGCACCAACGGGCUCUGUGUGGCCCUGCAGUACGUCUGUGACCACAACAACAACUGUGGAGACCUCAGCGACGAGAUGGGCUGCAAUUUUGGACACGACCGGACUUGUGAGGAGAAGCUCUGUGAGCAGGACUGCACCAACCUGAACGGAACAGGCUUCAUCUGCUCCUGUCGGCCCGGCUACUCCGUUGACCCAGACAGUACCUUCUCCUGCAGUGACAUUAAUGAGUGUGAGGCAUACGAUACCUGCCCACAGCUGUGCAAGAACACCAAGGGCGGGUACCAGUGCGACUGCGCCCCCGGGUACCGAAAAGUGGGCGACAACAAUGAGUGUGAGGCAUACGGCUCUGGGCCUCUCGUGCUGCUCCCAGAGAAUGUUCGAAUCAGGAGGUUUAACCUGCAAACGGAGGAGUAUCAUAACUUCCUCCAGGAACAGGAACGCAUUGUGGCACUGGACUACGACUGGGACCACAAUAACACUGGAUUCAGCAUGGUGUAUUUCACAGAGGAGGGAAACAGCCCCCAGCCAGGAGCCAUCAAAAGAGUCUACCUACCCGCAGUGGAUGACCACAGCAACAACAUUGGGGCAGCUGUCGACCUCGGCAUCAAAUACAUCGUCAAGCCUGAUGGCAUAGCAGUGGACUGGGUCGGCAGGAAUCUGUACUGGGCAGACUCGGUAGUGAGGCGGCUGGAGGUGGCAAUGCUGGAUGGGCGUUACAGGAAGCACCUUGUCAAGACAGACGUCGGCCAGCCCUCCGCAGUCGCUGUCAAUCCCCGACUAGGGAUGCUGUACUGGACUGAUCGAGGUGAUGUGCCCAAGAUCGAGUGCUCCUGGAUGGAUGGUAGGGAGAGGAAAAUCCUGGUGGGAAGUAGCUUGGGUUGGCCCACAGGCCUAGCCAUUGACUACGCCAAUAAUGACCGCAUCUACUGGUCAGAUGCCAAGGAGAACCGCAUUGAAUCAAUCCUACCAUCCGGCGAAGAUCGCCAUACUGCAGUGUAUAUUGAUGUAAGGAACCCUUUCAGUGUGAGUGUCUUUGAGGAUCACGUUUACUGGAGCACCCAGGAAAAAGGGGAAUUGUUCCGGCAGGAUAAGUUUGGAAAAGGUCCGAAGACCAAGUUGCUGACCGCUGGUCCAUGGCUCACACAAAUCAGCAUCUACCAGCAGCAGAGAUACAACUCAAUAGCAAUGAAGAACCCCUGCAAGGGUACCUGCAGCCAUCUGUGCCUGCUGAGGCCUGGAGGAUACACGUGCGCCUGUCCAGAGGGGACCGGCUUCGUUUCGGGCAGCAGCACCGACUGCGACACAGGCUUUGAGCCCCCACCCCCGAUGCCUCCUCCGUGUAAAUGCCAGAAUGGUGGAACUUGCUACUUUGAUGAUAACCUGUCUCUGUGCAGGUGUCCACCUAACUGGAGUGGAGAGUUCUGUCAGACGAACGACUACACAGCUCUGACUGCCUCAGUGGGCAUUGCCGUCGGAGUAUCCCUGUUUCUCCUGCUGCUCAUCGGUGGUCUCUUCUUGGCCGUACGGAGGAAGACCAAGAUCCUGGAGGCUCUUGGUAAUGUCCACAUCCCCACCUUCAGGACUUGGAAGAGCGAGACUGAUGAGCAGCAGGACCGGCACUUUCCGCCCGGUGUACAAGUGAAUAUCCACAGCCCGAGCCUGGAGAAACUGAAUGAGGGCGUGGAAGCAGACAUGCUGAAGGAGAGCUUUGAGAACCCAGCCUACGCGGCUGACCGCAGUGGCCGGGCCGCCCCACUCAGCAUCACUACGCAGGUGACCGCCAUCAGCGCUGCUGGCAAGGAGAACUUCGAGAACCCGGCUUAUGCUGCUGAGAUCAGGCUGGCCCCUGUACCAAAUGGCACUACUAAACCCAGGACGACUGAAAAGGAGACCUUUGAGAAUCCUGCUUACGAAGACAAUGAAACUGGCACUGCUGCUACUGAGGGGCAGAACCAGCAGGAGAAUCUUGCCCAAACUACGGAAGCUGAUGGAAUGUUCAUAUACCCAGCAUAUGAGGCAGGGAGAGAGAGACGAUGGAGCGCUGGCUCCGGUGAUGAAUGGUCCUACUGCAGGGCCUUGAUCUGCGUCUGGGAGCGCAGAUGCGACAAGGGGAUAACCCUCAGUAGGGAAUGCGGCCAGACCUUGACGUCUCCUUGA